GUUUUCUUGGGCAGUCGCUGCCUAUAUAUAUAAAGCUAGGUUAUUCUCACUGGUACAGGACCUUUGGAAUGAAGAAUAGAUUUGACUCGUUUGUGUUCAUCAAAUGCGUAAUCUGAAGGUGAAAAUCCCCGAGUUCAAGCUCUGAAGAAAUUACCGAGAAGAACUCUUUCUGACCCAGAAUUACUUAAAUUCUGUUAUUUUGUUGUCACUAUUUGUUUUCUUUCAUCCUUUCUGGGAGUUAGUUUAAGGUAGCCAUAGAAUGGGUGAUAAACUAAGAGUUAAGGGAAAUAGAAUGAAGAGUGCGAUUCUACCUGUGGCAACUUUAUGGAAUCAGAAGGUAUACUGAGCCAAGGCUAUUCUGGAAGGUCCAUACUUAGGUGCCUUGAAAGAAGGCAUUUUAUGUUCUAAUAUGGAGGGUUAUGACUCAUGGAAGUUUUUUCUAGAUACACUUUAACUUUUUGUAGUCAUUAAAAGGAGCUUUGAACAAGGUGCCUAAUUAGCUUACAUUUCUAUUCAGUCGGCUGAUUUACAGCUGAUCGAGGUGGGUAAUUUAGUAUUGGUCAGUGGGGAAAAGCAGGGUGAUCAGACGGAACAGCAGUUUAAAAAGGUGUUAUCCAUUCUUUUAUUUUCAAUCUAUUUGCAGCAGAUUUUAUGUAAAAAAUAUAUGUACAUAUGGUCUGUAAAUUAUGUUAGAGCAGAUAUAAGUAUGUUUAUUUUUAUGUCCGUAUACAUAACCUCUAUCAGAAGGGAAUGUGUUUUCUUAUUCAAUAUCAGCUGGUAAGCUUUGAUUGAGAGAGAGGAAAUAUGAAAUAGCCCCUUCCUUCAAUGUCCUCAAUAAUUUACUAACAUAUUGAAGUCGGUAAAUAUUUGGGCAACGGUUUCAUUGAACUAUAAAAAUACAGUUAUUAAGGAGUAAACUACACAUUUUUAACAGAUUUUAGUUACAUGUGUUUUAUUAGUUAAAUUCAGUGUUACUAGAUUAGGCAACCUCUGUCUUAUCUGUCGGUCUGUUAUUGGUCUAUCUGUCUACAUAUAGAAUAUGUGUCUGUCUAUCUGUCUUCUAUUUGUCUGUAAUUGAUUGGCCUGUCUAUUUAAAAUGUAUCUGUCUGUCUAAUCGUACCUAUCUAUCUGUCUGUCUGUCUAAUAUCCGACUGUCUAGUAUGUAUAUAUGUGUCUGUCUGUCUAUCAAUCUAAUAUAUAUCUUUAUAAAUAGUUUUCUUUAGAUUGUAAUAUUUUCACCUACUGUUCCUAUAUGUCAAGCAUGUUUUGCUAGUAUUAAAUGUUUCAAUUGUUUACCUAUUGUACAACCUAUGGAAUAUGUAAAAAUCAUUGUAUCUAUAAGAUGUGAUGUAUGUACAAAAUCUUUCUCCCUUCAUGUUGCUUCAUUUUUACUUACCAGACUAUGACACGGUUCUAUAUGUCCAUUUAUUUGUGUCCUAUCUAUCGUAUAUCUCUUCUUUCUCCGCCAACUUUUAUCUCUCUCUUUUCUUUAUUCUUCCACUAUCUCUUAUAGCUCUCUCUCCAUAUCAUAACUAUCCAUCUGCGUGGUCACAUAUUUGUAAAUUAUUUAUUUAUUUAUUAUUUCUCUCGCUCAGUUUAUAAAAUGCACUAUAUACACACAAAUACGUUUUUAUAAAUAAGAUAUCGCUGUGUUUAAAAAUGAAAUCUUUGUACACAAAUAAAAGUCUAAUAUUGUUUAUUUGGCCUUUUCCAUUUAUUUGUUUUUGGAAGGCUCCAUGAAUUAAUAAGUAUGUGACCACUUGACUCUAAUAGCAAAAAAUUUACAAAACUAUGGAUUUAUGUGCUGAUUAUAAAAUAUAUAGAGUGUAUACAUACAUGUUACCAAUGUUAAAUCAUUCCAACAAAUGUUGAUAUUUGUUUUGUGUUUCUUUUUUGUCUCUGAGACGUUUUAAAAUAAAAGUGGGAAAUCCAAGAACUCUCUUAUUUGAGCAGACACAUACACUAUAGAUAUUUGCAGUGCAGCCCAAAUGAUUGUUAAAUAUAUUAUACAGAACGUCACUAAUCAUUAACUUCAACCUAACAGAAAAGGCAAUGUUUCAACUGUCUAUGUGUCUUCUUUAAGGUUCUAGAACACUUGUGCAGUGUUAACAUGCUGCCAUUUUUUGUUGUUGGCCUGAAUAUGAAAGGACGUGCUGUAAAUUUAGUUUCCUGUUUUAAACACAUGUGGGGAGGAGUCAUAAUAGUUGUCUAUUUCCGACUGGAGUUCAUACAGCUCAUUUAUUAUUACUUAGAAAAAGGAGUUGGGAGAGAUUGGUCCGUACCUAGUAAAUCCACACUCCAUCCUAUAUUGCUAUCAGAUUUGGAAACGGGUAUAUCACCUAUGCCAGAAGGGUCUUCCAGAUGUGCCCCUCAUCACAACAAACCAAGGUAAAUGGACCAGGAGGUUUCCAGCGUACUGUAAAAAGGCUAUUAAUGGGAGUGUUAACAAGGUUUAGAGAUCGGGGGGACAAUAGGUGCCUGCGUAAAACCCUUUUGCACCACCUGAAAUGAGAUCUAUCAUUUAGAUUACUCCUGACCGUUUGAAAAGUAUUUAAUUAUGAUUUGAUAUGGCUGAAUAAUAAGGUUCACUAGCAAUAUUUUACUUACGCUGAUUUGCAGAAAGAGAGGCUGUGUCUGUAAUUAAAGGGGGUGGGUCCUGCCACGAGGUCAGUUUUUAUAGUCAGACACACAUCUUAUAAAUGGUUUAGUUUAUAUUAAAUGUCUUAUCUGUCUGUCUGUUAUUGGUCUAUCUGUCUAAAUAUAGAAUAAGUGUCUGUCUAUCUGUCUUCUAUUUGUCUGUAAUUGAUUGGCCUGUCUAUCUUUCGGUGGUAAAUGUAGAUUUUCUUGCAUAAUGAUGAGUUAACGAGCGACCGUACAGUACUUAUAACAAAUGGUCAUUGUUUUGCUGCAUGUGUGGAAGAUAUAUGAGAGUUUCUAACAUCGGCCAUUGUAUGUCUGAGCAUGAGUAUUGCAGCCACUCCCAUUCAGCCAUUUUAGAUCUAAACAGUCAUUAAAAUGUCCUUAAAUGGUUGUCUGGUUGUCAACAUGCCUUUAUUUACCAGCAUUUAGGUGACAAAAACAUUAUUAAAAAUAACUGUAUUUAUAGAUCAUGUUUUGUUUAUUUACACUUACUAGCAAGAUAAAUAAAAUGUUAUAUGUAUAAACCGUAUAACCAUGGUGUUUCUUUAUGGUAAUGGGCUUGUCUAAAUAGAGAUCUUUAACAAUGAUCAUAUCGCCUUUUCCAUAAAAUAAUAAAAGUGGAGCAGAAAUAUACUAUUUUUAAAAUAAAAAAAGACAACAUGAGACUGUAUUUGGAUGUAUUAUUUAGUUUAUUAUAUAUUUGGGAUGGUAGCAAUGUGAGAAAGUUACUGUUACUUAGCCCAUUGAAUGACCACAUAAUAACUAAGAAAAGAGUGGUAUGAAGAGAUGUUAAUGUGGUGCUUCACCGAUCUCUCCUCCAUCCUUCCUAUAAACAGACUGUUCCGUUGGAACACACCGGACAAAUUCAUGUAUCACCAUUGUUCUAGCCUGGGUAAAUCAUUGGGAGGAAGAGAAAUCUCUACAUGUAUUAGUUUCAAUGAUCCCAGAUACCCUUCCUACAUACACAGUCCAGCAUCCUACAUAUAAAAUUAUUAUUUAUUGUAUGUCCUGCAAUAAAACUACAGUGAACAUAUAUUUAACAUUUGAUGACUGGAAGACAGCCACUAGAUGUGCAUUCAGAACUGCAAUCAAAAAAUGUGCAUGUAUAAACCGACAGGGGCCUUGGUACCUUUAGUUAUUUAAAACAAUAAAAAUAAAUUAUUAAUCAGAGAUUGGUAUUCAAUGUUUUGCACUUGCUUAUCCAUCCAGGAAUAAAAUCGAGUACCAAAACCACCAUUUGUUAUUUUCUAUUCUUUUAUAACUUACAGUACUAUCAAUAUUAACCACUCAUUUAUAAAGUACACCUUACUGUCCAUCCGGGGAAGAUUUAAGUUUUUGUCAAAAUAAUAUCGAUUAUUAUUUAGAUACUUUUCCCCCAUCAUCAUUCCUCUCAUUCUAAAACCAUUUGAAAAUUUCAAAUUAUAUUAAAUGUACAUAGGGUUUCUACAACAUUCAUUCAAACAUAUACUCCAUAGAGCACUUCCAUUGGGGACACACCUAACAGGGGCAAGGGGGGUAAUAGUCUCUAGGCCACCGACACACGAAAUUCAGUCUCUCAGGAGUUCCAAAUCCUAUAGAACAACUCUAGAUUUUUUAAAUUUGUAUAAACUGCUUUAUCCAUUAGUUGCUGGAAAUCUACCUGAAUUUGGAUUUCAGUCCAACAAAGAAUAACUGUUGUCUUCCAGCGUCUAGCAAUGCAUGUUUUCGUGGCCGUUAAGAUCUGCAUCAGUAGCAUUUGAAAGGGUUUAUUUAAUCUGGGAAUGUCCAAAUGAAAAAGGAAAUUCUACAGGGUUAAAUCGUAAGAAGAACACAUCUUUUUUCCUAUUAUAGUUUCUAGCUUAUCUUUCGGUGGUAAUAGUUUUAUACAGUCCCACCAUAUAUGUUUAAAAGUACUGGUAGGUAUUUUGAGUAUUAUUUUGAAGCAGGGACUAAAUAUCUAUAUAAUAUCUUGAUGCAAUUCUCAUAUAUAUUUAUAUUGGGAAUUGUGUUUUUUGGAAGUUUACAUACCCUUUCCCAUUCUUCUUCUGGGAAUUCAACCCCAAUUUCCUUUCCCAUUUUACAAUACUGUUUAAUUUCCCAUUAGAUUUAUAUUCAUAUAAUAUAUAUAUAUAUAUAUAUAUGUGUGUGUGUGUGUGUGUGUUUAAAAGUACUGGUAGGUAUUUUGAGUAUUAUUUUGAACUACAGCCCAUGUCAUUAUUAAACUGUGCUCAUCUGACACAACCUACAAUCACAGCCAGAUAUUAUUAUUAUUUUAUUAUUUAUAUAGCGCCAACAAAUUCCAUAGCGCUGUACAAUGGGUGGACUAACAGACACAUAAUUGAGAUCAGACCACUGGACGUACAGGAACAGAGGGGGUUGAGGGCCCUGCUCGAUGAGCUUACAUGCUAGAGGGAGAGGGGUAAAGUGACACAAAGGGUUAAAGUAGGGGAAUUAAAUAGUUUGUUAGAGAAGGGUUUAUUGAGUGCUUGGUAGGUCAUUUUUGACAGUUGCAGUGAAGGCUUCAUGGGGUGGGGGAUGAGAAACUUGCUGACAGUUUAAUUGAUACGCUUUAAUGAAGAAGUGAGUUUUCAAAUAUUUUUUGAAGGAGUGGAGGCUGGGUAAGAGUCUGAAUGAGGAGGGAAGGGAGUUCCACAGAAUAGGUGCAGCCCUGGAGAAGUCUUGAAGGAGAGCAUCAGAGGUGGGGAUCCAGGCAGAGGAUAGGCGUAGGUCUUGGGCUGAGCGCAGGGGUCUCGACGGGACAUACUUGUGUAUGAGGGAGGAUAGGUAUGUUGGAGCAGCAUUAUGUAGGGAUUUGUAAGCAAGCACCAGAAUUUUGAAUUGGGCCCUAAGUCUAACUGGAAGCCAAUGCAGGGACUGACAGAGCGUGGAGGAGUGGGAGGUGCGACCGGAGAGGAAAAUAAGCCUCGCAGCCGCAUUCAUUAUAGAUUGCAGCGGUGCAACCUGGGAACAUGUAAGACCGGUGAGAAGGGGAUUGCAAUAGUCAAGGCGAGAGAGAACAACAGCAUGAACCAGUACGUUAACCACGUCCGGCGUUCGGUAUGGGCGGAUGCGCGCUAUGUUCUUGCAUUGGAAGCGACAGGACUUGGCUAUCGAUUGGACAUGAGGAGUAAAGGAGAGGUCAGAAUCAAAAAGAAGCCCUAGGCAGCGAGCCUGCGAGGUAGAGGUUAUAGUAGCGCCGUUGACUUGGAUGGAGACAGACACAGGAGUAGCAGUACUUGAGGGAGGAAAAACUAGAAGGAGGCGGUGUAUCUUACAAUACUCUGAAGCAGAUAUCACUGGUAUUAUUUCAUAUGACACAAGGUUUGUAAAUGGUUUCACAAUGAAACUAGGGGUGGCUGUGAGUUGCAGUGGUUGUGGUGCCUAGAGUAUCCCUUUUAAAUACUAACCCAAUCACAAAUUAUUUUCCCGUAAUCAAGACUUCACCUUUCAACCCUGUCUGAAAAUAAUAGCACAGCCUGGACUGAUUAAAUGAUGCCAGCUAAUUCCUAGUCUGGGUAGUGCAUAUUGCAAAAGCUACAAAUCAUGAGGAUUUUCACUUACAUAUUUUUACUGCAAUAUCUAUACAAUACAAUUAAUAUAAUGGUCAGCUAUAAUCUGGAGUGUCCCUUCGAAGCAUCUAAUUAAGUAAAAGUAUGUCCUGUGUAAACUUUUACAGAUCAGAGGAAAAUGCUGAUUUUUUGUUUCAUUUUAUUUUGCAGGGAAGAUCAUACUCCAAAGAGAAAAUGGGCAAUAUUGUCUCUUUGCAAAGUAAGUAUUUGAUUGCAUUUUGCCGUUAAGACCUACUUUUUAAUAUACUUCCCUCCACCUCUGGCAGAGUCAUUGUGGUGUCAUUAGUCAGCCCAGAACAAAAGCCUAUGUGAAGUUCAAGAACAACAUGCCAAGAUCGCAGGGCUAACAGCAAACAAAAUAACCAGUUUGCAUUAAUGUAAUAAAUAAUAUACCAAUAAAGUGGAAAAUGGCACUAAAGUAAAUUUUCAACUGUCUUUUAAGUCUUAUUAGCAGCAACCUUAAAGGGACACUUUAGUCACCAGAACAACUAGAGCUUAAUGUACAGUAUACAGCCUAAUGUAGUUGUUCUGGUGAGUAUAAUAGCUCCCUUCAGGCAUUUUCAUGUAAACACUGCCUUUUCAAAGACAAGGCAGUGUUUACAUUGCCCCUAGUGACACCUCCAAGUGGCCACUCCUCAGAUGGCAGCACUACCGUUCAGUGUCCCCACGUUUUGCAUGGGGAUGCUGAAUUUUCCUUUAUAGAGAUGCAUUGAUUCAAUGCAGCUCUAUGAGGAGGUGCUGAUUGGCCAAAACAGCGUUUGGCCAUGCCCCCUUGCUGAUUUUUAGCCAAUCCAAUGGUUUCAAAGCAUUGGAUGGCUAAAAAUGUGCUAUUUUGAUGAUGUCACCAAGGGGGCGGAGAACUGAAAAUAAGGUAAGUUUUAACCCAUUCGGGUGGGGGGGGGCAAGAGGGGACAGCCAUCUAAACGGUGGCACAGCGUGGCAAAAUCAUUAUUAAAGAUUAGUCAAGAAGCCACAAAUGACACGUUUUGCCCCAGAAAAUAAUGACACAAUCAUAGACACUCUCCAUGGCUGGUGAGUCCAUGUAAGCUGCAGACUUUUUUUUUUAAUUUUACUAUAAUUUUUUUUGCAACUGGAGUGAUGUGGAAUUCCCUAUAGCAUGGCUAACCUUAAUAAGUGCAAUAGCUCAAAAGCACUUUAAAACAAAUAUUGUACAUAUAAGGUGCGCUGUGCCUUUAAACCAAAAUAUUCAGUGUUUGUGCAACACAAUAUAUAAUAUUCACAAACAUCUAUACUUAUGAAAUGCUUUUAAAUAUAUGAAUAUAGUGCACUGUGACUUUAACACACAAUACCAACCAAACGACGCGUUUCGCUGAGUCUAUGAUUUCAUCAUAGCUUUGUGUCUUUUCCAUUGCUUCGUAUUUAUGUCCACCUACGGGUGCAUGCAUAAAUUAUAAUUCCGAAAAACAUAUUUUUCCCAAACCUCACUAUCAAAUACAGACAUAAAUAAUCAUACACCUAAUGACUAGACAAAAUAAUAGACUAUUCUAUCUACAACUGAAAUUGCAUGUAAACCAAUUCGCAAAAUAUAUUACUAAUACAAUACAAAACAAAAUUGUCACAAAUUACUUAUAUUUAAAAAAACAUUAAUGAGUUAUUAAAACCUAAUCUUAAACAAAGGAAUAGAGAGAAAUAGUUAUACAUAUAUAAUUACUGUACAAAAUUGAACAAAUCAAAUUCUAUAGUUAAUCCAUAAGGUUCCAAAGUCCUCAAUUUAUGUAUCGAUUGUUAGCUAGAGUCCUAUAGUAACUCCAGAAAAGCAAUUAUACCAGAAUAGUCAACUAUGUGAAUUGAUGAUAUUCAUUAGGAACCUGGUGGCAUUUGUUGGGAAUGCAGCAUCCUAAAUAGGCCACCAGAUUUUAAAGGAAUAUUUUAAGCACCAUAAUUACUACAGCUUACUGUAGUGAUUUGUGAUGCCAAGGAUUUGUUGUGUGUUGUCACCUUGUCUUCUUUCAAAUUGCUUUUGAUAGUGGAACUUGAUAAAUUGGCACCUGAUUUGAAUCAUUAAGACAAAAAUAUCAGACUGGAAAAUCGUGAUUGUAGCCUUUGUCUGAGAGCGUUCCUACAUCGGUUUUCUUUGCUAUAUAGAGCGCAACCAUGCUAAAACGAUUUGAAAUCUUAACGUGGGAUGGUGCCUGGUGUCAGGUGCCCCUGUUACCAUAACUCAUACAACAGACUAUAGUGGUUAUGUCACUUGGAGGGUACCUUUAAGUAGGACAGCUUUUUAUGUUUGCAUAUUAUGUAAUGUAAGCAAUAUAAACAUGAUAUUGAGUGAUCCUUGUACAUCAGUAGGGUGUGCUGAAAUGUAUUGUAUUUUCUUUCCAUAGAUCGUGUAUGCAGUUUUAUCCGGAAGAGAAGUAAGUAUUUGAUGUAAAGCUUAACUGACUGUGUAUAUCACUCUCUGCCAGGAAGCACGGUGUUUAAUUUCAGUUGGUACCAUACCAGUUUUUCAGCUUGUGGGUAUUUUGUGUUAACAUUUUAAAAUUGUAUUAGCAACAGCUUCUUAUCAAUAAAUAUUAAAAAAAACAACAUAUCAAUUCUAGCUAGCUUUUCCUUUUCCUUAGACACACUAUACAUUCAUGCUUCUCAGAGAGUUCAAAGAACUGUUUCCUGUUUCCCACACAGUGGAAGGCUGAGAGCUGCUAUUUGCAGAUUCUGAUCACAUGCUGUCAGCAGCCUUGUUUAUAUCUGUUACUGAGGCUUUGAAAACUGUGAUGCAAUUCCAAGAUGAACACCUCCAUGCUGAUGCACAGACAGGUUUUCACGUGGUAAAUACAGUAAAGCCUACUAUAACGUAGACAAAUCAAAAUAAUCUAGUGUUGCAUGGUUUGAUUCGCACAAACAAAUCUUUUAGUGCCAGUGUUGCUUUAACCCCUUAAGGACCAAACUUCUGGAAUAAAAGGGAAUCAUGACAUGUCACACAUGUCAUGUGUCCUUAAGGGGUUAAGUGUAUCAAGUUCAAAGUUUCAUGCAACCUAAGUGAAUCAUUUUUAAGUGGAGAAAGAGGGGAAAUUAUCCUUGGAUUAAUAAUUCCAAUCAGAGCCAUCCAAUAAUCAAUACUAUUACUUAUAUUAAUAUUUAUAUUGUGGUGUUAGAGACUAAUGUUUUUGUUUUCACAGCUGGAAAAAAAACAGGAGUGCCUAUUCAAGAUACCGAAACCCAAGAUUGCAAACACGCAAGGACUCAAGGUCGCACUCAUACAUGCAAUCUCUGUAAAGGCUACAAGCAUGAGUAGACUAUGGUCAUGCACUAUCAUUUUUUCUGACCUUGUCAAGGUUGUUUCAAACUGAAAGCUACACAUACAGGCUCCAAGCACCAUGACUACAUCAAGUCUUUGAAGAAAUAUUAAAAAGACUUGGAAUCAUAGACCUGUUGCUUUUAGAAGAAUUGAAAGAACUCUAAAUUAUGGAGGAGCAACUCUUAUACAGAACAAUACUGUAACUGUAACUUGUGUACUGGUUGCUUCCUUGGAAUGUAAGCAUGUUUGCACAGAACCAUCCUCAAGUCUUGUUUAUGUUUCCCUUAAUUUGUUCAUUUUUUUUUUUUUUUUUUUUAUGUUUCCCUUGUACUGCCCUGCGUUUUACAGGAUUUCCUUCUCUUGGAUGGUUAGAAAGGGAUAUAUAAAGGUUUGAUCUCAGCCUACCUGUGUCAUCAUAUCAGGAACACUGUUCAGCACAUGGUAAGCAGUGUUGCCUUGUGCUGCAGAAAGAGAAUUGAAAAUGUAGUGUCAUUUUCUAUGAGUUUUAAAGGGACACUGUAGGCACUAUAACCUAUUGGGUUGGAAUGGGCACUCUGAUAGGACGAAAGCAGUCAGCUGACACAGCCAGUUUUAGCUUCCUCUGUUGCUCAUGCUAAUGCUCCCUCGUGAACCUAAGCAGCAUGGAAGGGCUGUGCUGCUGAGGACCCUCGCUUAACAAAUGGUUAAACAAUGAAUUGAAGGACAGCACCAUGAGACUCCAGAAACUAUAAACACUUUAUUGAUGUGAAGCAGUAAAAGUGCCUGUAGGGUUCCUUUAACAGUAUUUUAUUUAUUUAACAAAUCUAUAUUUUUCUGAUGUAAAAAAUAAAAUGACAUGAAGAAUUACAUACUGUUACAUGUACAAUUAGGCUCAGCCAUCUUAACUCCCUGCAAAUUAUUGUUUUUAGCUCUGUCCUUUCAUGUGGCUGUCAGUGUAGUGAGUGCAUAAAGACAACAUGAGAAAUUAAACUAUGUUUGUUUCUGCACCUUGUUUUCAAUGUGUUGCCUGUCUGUGCCGGGAUUGAACUGGACAGAGAUGUUAAUUUGUUACAUUUAAAUUUUAAAAUUGGCCUCUUUUAAGAAAUGUCAAUAGCAAAAGCUUGUUUAUUUUCUUACUAUCUCUUGGCUUGACCACUGCAAGUUACUGCUCAUUGAUCUCUUUGUAGGCAAAUAUGAAUGCUGAUAACAUAUGUCUGUGUCAGUCCUUACACUGGGACCCCUGUAUGUUUAAUUGUAGGCUCAAUUCCAAAUCCUAGCCUUUACCUAUAAAGCUCUCCAUAGCAGUGCCCCAAAUCUGCAAUUUGUCCCAUCACAUACUCUCCGCCAAAGACCUAUGUUUUUCUACUGUGUGUGCCAACAUCACCAGCUCCCGCUUUCAAGAUUUUUCUAAAACAGCACCAUUUAUAUGAAAAUCCCUUAGUUAUUUGCACUUGUGUCCAAUCAGCUUCUUCUUAGAGAACCGUUGGGACACACCAACCAUGCUUCUCAUAGAGAAGCAUUGAACCCAAGCACUUUUCACUUUGAACUAUAGUUCAAAGUAAGUGAAGCAGGACACGUUCCUGACAGUCUGCUUCUCUUAAAAUUAUCAUUUUUAUAAAUUAUCCCUGCUGGGAGAAGUAGCCAACCCAUAAAGCACUUCAGGCUUUAGAGGACUUGAGUUUCCCUUUAACCCCUUAAGGACCAAACUUCUGGAAUAAAAGGGAAUCAUGACAUGUCACACAUGUCAUGUGUCCUUAAGAGGUUAAGAAAGCCUUAAAAAAGCAACUUCUUUAGGAAGUGUCAAUUAACCCCAUUAACUUUUUUCAGUUUCUCAUUAUAAGAUUGUCCAUGUUUGUUAGCAGUUAUGUACAACAGAUAAAAGGUCACCCACAGAGACUGCAAGCAAUGCAGUUUUGCUUAUAGCAGAGGAAAAGGACUUUAAAGUAAAACAACGAUGAUAUAGAAUAUAUAUAUAUAUAUAGAGAGAGAGAGAGAUUAUCUUAUCAGAUUCUGUAGAUAUUUUUUAAAUAGGCUGUAUGGUAUUUUUGGAAAAACAGAAUAAUGGAUAUAAUUAAUAUGUAUGUGAACAGGUUGUUAAUCCAAAGAGAAAUGAUUGAAUACAUACACAACCAUUUAUAUUUGUUUUUCUCUAGUCUUUCUAAUAAGAAGCAAAAUUAUGACGCAACAUAGUAUUAGCAAAAACAAUGCAUUGAGACAUCUACUAAAAUUCUCAUAUUUACUAAAGCCAAAUACGGUUGGAAUUCGGUCUCCCCAAACAAAUAUGUAGCAAUCACUCAGGUGCAUUUUGUUUACGAAUUCAAAUAAGUGCUUUUCCUUCAAGAUCCUAUACAAAGGAGUAUUGAAGCAUUAGAAUGUAGUACUGAUUAUAUGGUUCAAGUUUAUAUCUCAAGCCAAAAUUCAAAAAUAAGUGGGAAUAGGUGUCUCAAUGCUCAGGAGACAAGAAACGCGUUGUGGGGGUUUCCUUUAGCUUGUAAGCUAAUUUGAGCAGGACCUUCAGUAACUCUUGUUUUUGUCAUUACUUGUACGUAUUUUAACUUAUAACAAGCAAAUGAAUGUUGAAUAUGUAUUUAUAGAACCAC